GCUGCAAAGAGUUGGGGAUUUACUAACAGAGCUGAAGUGAAAAGGUUCUUUGACAAAAAUGUUGUACAUCAAACAAAAAUAAACCCUUACGACUACUUUUUACCAAUUUACUCCAACACUCCUGACGCAUACCAAUUUGACACUCUCAUUCAAAGCAGAAAAGGAGGACAUAAACCAUUCCUCAUCUUCAUAAAUGUUAACACUCGUAAAGCAUAUGCAUAUCCAAUGAAAAAUAAAGGAACUCAUGAAGUGUUAAGAGUUUUACAAAAGUUUGUAGCAGAACAUAGCCCAAGUAUUUUAACAUCAGACCAAGACGGUGCAUACCUCAGCAACGAAAUCACAGAAUUUCUCAUUAAGCAUAACAUAACUCACUACACUACUGAAGACCAUAACCAUAACAUACUCGGCAUCAUAAACCGCUUCAUAAGAACGCUCAGAGAUUUAAAUCAAGAGCGAGACUUUACCGAAGAAACAAUGAAACAUUUCAUCGAAGUUUACAAUUCCUCAACACAUUCUACAACAGGACAUACACCAAAUUCAAUGACACAACAACAAGAAGAAAAGUAUAUACAAAAGAAACGAAGCCAAACACAAAAUAUCAGAAAUUCAACACAAUUUACCCUCAUUCCUGGUACAAAAGUUCGUGUAGUUCUUGACGACAAACCGUUGACAAAGAAACGUUUAAGGUUAAGUCGAAAUUAUUAUAUUGUAGACUCUACGCAAGGUAAUGGAUAUCUUAUAAAAGCUGCUGACGACUCCAUAGCAUUUUACCCUCGUCAUAAAUUAGUCGAAAGUAGUAAUGGCAAACUUGCUGAAACCAUUGACGAAGCAAAGCGAGGAGUGGUUAUUGA